AGUGAAUACCAUUCUGUUCCUUUAGAAAAAAUGAGAUAUCAAUAUAAAUUAAGUGAACUCUUGGACACGCACCUAGAUAUAUUGGCACAGUUAGCGGAAAAAGGAUGGACAUAUCUACAAUAUUUAACUUUUGUGAGAGAGUAUGAAAAAUUAGGAGUUUGGCAUAGUGAUAACUAUAAUCAUAUUCUUGUUUGCGAUUUAUUCGGAUCAUCAUUAGAUAAAUUCAGGGGCGAUGGUGACUUCCCCGAUUCGUGGAGAUGCCCGUGUGCGCAUCUUAAAGAGUCUAUCGAUAAAAUUAAAAAAGUUAUAAUAGAAAACAAUGCUCAUUUAACAGAAGAACAAUUAAAUCGAGUUAUCUGGAAUUUUUUUCGAGAUUCUGCAGAUGAGAAUGGGCUAGAACAGGAUUGAGAAAGAAAGUUCAAAAUCAAGUAUGUGUACAAUAUUGUAAAUAAAUGAAAUGCAACAACUUUGCUACAGUAAAAAUAUUAAAAUGCCAUAUUGAUGAUAGAAAACGCUGACAAGAUUCAUGUUUGAAAAAUGAGAUGCUCUUACUUUGAUGUUGAAGGAUCUAACAUUGAUUAACGAAAUUAGAAUCAUGGGUUUUAUUGGAGAUUUAUAGCAAUGUCUCAUGCUAAGUUCCAGACGAGAUUUUUUUUUUCGUCUUCUAACACAUGGAUGCUUUUCGAAAAAUGAUCGUGUGUGGUAUACUUACAAUCUGAUAACGAUCUGAGAGCACGUGUUGUUGUUGGGGAGAAUUCGAAUUUUUUUCGCCUUGUAGCACGCUCUCGCUCGCACGUGUCUGGAACAGAGAGAGAAACGAAUGCUAUAUAAACACGUGCGAUGAGAGGAAAAUCACCAUUUACAUCAGAGACACAGAGACUUCACAUUCGACAUGAGCUCACCCUCCUACAUCCUCCCAGACAGCCCGCCUUCGCAGCGCGUCCUCGAUUAUUGGCAGCGCAGAGCCGCCGAGAGCUGCGGCAGCUCUUCAGCUGCGGGCGUCUCAGCUCCUGCCUCCACUGGACCUCAACGUUCAACAUCACCAGGGGGUGAGACGGUGAUUGGAGACAGCCCUGUGCAACGCCUGCGUCCGCCAGCUACCUGGGCUCCGCGGCGAGCUGUCCUGACAACGCUGUCCAACAAUAUCAGGGAGAGACAGGCCGCCAAAAGGAAGCUCGAGUUUGAGGAGGGCGAAGCGAGCACCGAAGAGGAUAGUCUGCUCCCUCAAUCAAAGAAACGUAUGCUGGAACAGGAGGACUCCUCCCUCGUCCCUCUGAUAAAGGAGGGAGAAAUGGGCUUUGUUGAUUUGAUCAACAAACCUGUGAGCAAGCCGUGGGUCCCAUUGAGAGAAUUGGAGGAGGACCAUCCCUACCGAAUCGUCAGUGUGAGGGAACACACCAAUCAGCACGGACGCAGGAUAAUAUUGAAAAUCAUCAAUGCAGGAAGCAAAUGUGAGUUAACUGUACAAAACCGGGAAAAGACCCAGCCGAUACACCAGUUGCAGCAGGCUAUAAAUUAA